CGUUAAGAUUUUAUGCUUUUAAGUGAACUCAAGUUGUUUCAGAUUCUGGUUCGUAAAGUGCAAUUUUUUUUAACACUCUGCGGAAUAAGAGCAAAUAUAUUGUUCAAUAAAGGAUCUAACAUGUCCGAAAAUAAACCUGAAUCGGGUCCAACUGUAAAUCCUAGAGUAACCUGGGAAGGUUGCAGCGUCUUGCUCGACAUUAACGACGGCGAUCGUCUUCUUUUCGCUCGUCUCUCUGCCGGCUCGACCUUGAAAAUUGGGAAUAAGACAUUCUCUUUGCAGCCAUUGAUUGGAUGUCCCUUUGGGUCUCUGUUUCAAGUUGAAAGCGGAAAGGAAAAGCCUUACCUUUCCCGCUUUAUUCCACCCACCGAAGAGAAUAAUGUUCAAGAUGAAGGAGGUUGUCAAUUACAAGAAGAAUCCCGUGACAACCGAGCAAUAAUUGAUAAUAAUCAAGCUCAAAGCCUCACCGGUGAUGAUAUAGAUGCAAUGCGGAGACAGGGGGCAACGGGGAAUGAAAUUGUUGAGGCCCUCAUUGCUAACAGUGCAACUUUCGAUAAGAAAACACAGUUCUCACAAGAAAAAUAUAGGCUUAAGAAGCAAAAGAAAUAUGCGCCCAGAGUGCUUCUUAGACGACCAUUUUCUAGAAGUAUAUGUGAGGCAUACUUUAAGAAAUAUCCAGCUCGAAUCGGAUUUUUACGAGUGGAUGCUUUAUCUUUGUUGCUAUCAAUGGCUAAUGUUACUGCAAACUCGGAUGUCCUUGUCCUGGAUAUGGUUGGUGGACUUGUUACUGGUGCUGUGGCAGAGCGUUUAGGAGGUACAGGUAGUGUGUGCAAUACUUAUCUUGGGGGGACACCCUAUCCUAUGGAGAUAAUAAGGAUGUUCAACUUCAAUAAUGAAAUUUGCAAGAGAGUUUUGCGGUGUUCAGUUAAUGACCUUUGUGCAGUCCAAAAUGAAACCAGUGAGCAAGUCAGCCAACAUGAAGAUGUCUGUACUAUGGAGAGUCAAUCUGAUGAGAAAAUAUCCUUAUCAGUUAGCACCGAAGAGGUUCAUCUUUCAUCCAAGAAUGGUGUUUCGGAUCUUGUUCCUGAGAAUGAACUUUCUACCACAGGCAAAACUUGCAAAACCCCAAAAGCUGGGGAAAAAGCACCAAAAGAAGCAAUUCAAUCAUGGAAAGAAAAUGGUUUCUCCAGCCUAAUUAUUGCUGCACCGGAGCAGGAUGCCUGGAGCUUAGUUAAGGAUUUGCUGCCCCUUCUAACAUACUCAGCUCCUUUUGCAAUCUAUCACCAGUAUCUGCAGCCUCUUGCAACAUGCAUGAACAAUCUACAACUUGAGAAAAUGGCAAUUGGGUUGCAACUUUCAGAACCUUGGUUACGGGAAUAUCAGGUACUUCCAUCAAGAACCCAUCCCUGCAUGCAGAUGAGUGGAUCAGGCGGCUACAUCCUAAGUGGUACUCGGGCGUAUUCUAAUACAAGUCAAUCCUAGUUCCUAAAUUUUAAUUAAGGAAAAUUAUUGUGUAUUAGUAACCCAAAAUGGUCGCCUAAAACCAAAUUUAUCAUGUGUAUAACUUGGAUCAUUAUUUUAUAUGGUUUUCUUUGGUGUUGCUACUUAGGUUUCGAUUUCUAACAAACCAUUAUUUAUGCUAUUGUGGCAAAUGUUAAAUGUAAACUAUUUAUUCCAAAUGGAAUUUUAUUAACUGCUUAA